UAUAUGUGAUAUAUAUUUAGAUAUGGUUGCAUGUAGAUGUGUUUUUCUCGACGGAAAAGAGGUGGAAAUUUCCAUUGAGAAAGAUGCCACAGGGUCCGACCUAUUCACAAGUGUUUGCAAAUACUUGAACUUAAAAUUUCAUGACCCGUUCGGAAUUGUCUUCCGGGGAGGAGCUGGACCAGCACCAUAUAACUGGUGGAUACGAAUGGAUAAGACCUUGAAAGGACAAAUACCGGGAAAAUGUAAAGUGUGGGAGUUUGCCUUCAUUGUAAAAUAUUACCCUAAAACACUGGCGGGUAUGCAAGAAGAAGUAGCAAGAUUCCACGUCAUAAUGCAAAUUCGCCAAGAUUUGCUGACGGGGAGACUUCGUUGCCCCGCUCAAACAAUGGCACAUCUGUGUUCGUAUUGGCUACAAGCCCAGUACGGUGAUUGGAGCAGUCGUCAUAUCGACUUGCAAUUGGCAGACGCUUUUCGGUAUGUUCAAAAAGGGGAAGUCGAAGCUGAUAAAACAGAGGGGAAAUCUGACAUCGUAUUUGAAGAACAGAUGAUGCAAAUUCAUCAGGCGCAUGUCGGUAUGUCAUCACGUGAUGCCGAUUAUAAAUUCAUUAGACUUGCGGCUUCAUUGCCGAAAUACGGGAUUCAUUACUAUCCGAUGUGGGCACCGACUCAACAAAAACAAUCUCAAUCCGAAGAGAGAGGGGAGAAGAUGACAGUUGGCAUCGGGCCUAUAGGUGUUCACCAGUUCAAAAGGAACGGAAAUGAAACAGUGUGGACAUGGAAAUCUAUGAGAGCAGUCAGCUUCAAACACAACAGGAUUGUUUUAAAAAUGCAAGGGUCCAUGAGACAAUCUGUUGCUGCUGAUGCAAAACAAUCGGAGAAAGCAGCAGCAAACCAGCGACACAUUGUUAAAGAAUAUUGCUUGGAAGAUAUGUAUCAGACAAAGAUUAUCUGGCAAGCUCUUAUACAAUAUCACAUGUUUUUCCGUGUUGCAGAUCAACAGGGAUUACAGGGCGAACAAAGAAAGCGGCUCGUAAGCAGUCUGCGCAUAAAACGAACCAUUCCAAUGGUAGGAGAGAAGAAAGCACUGCAGUCACCUAUUUCACCCCUUUCCAAGAUUUCCCCAAGAUCCAAGUCUGUUUUUAGUUUUGAUUUAUCGCGGAGAAAAUCAUCAACAAAAGACCCAGCGACUGCGAAACGAAGCAGCAGUCAACAGCCUCGCCCUUCAUCCCCGUUACCGAUAUCACGCAAAGCACAAAUAAGUAAGAUAUCGAGUGUAGAAAAUGGAUUGCCAGAGGAUACUGAAUUAGAACAAGAUGACGUAGACGAAAUCUUCAAACCAGCUAGUCUAACCAAUACCCGCCUUCGUACUGCUCCACCAAGUACCAGACAAAAGACAAGUUUGACUUCACCUGCAUCGUACGCCUCCACUCCAAGAUCUGGACAAUUUCUUUUCCCGCUUACGCCAACUCCACGACAGGCAAUGUCGAGUGUUUCACAAACUUCUACGAGUGUAGAAGAAGUUUUAGGGGCUCAUUCUGAUAACACGGACGUAUUGUGUAGCCCAAAUAUAUUGGAAAAAACAUUUUCCUAUUCUGAAGAUCACGGAGUUAACAACAUAGGAAUAUGGCAAGAAGGCUUAACACCGCGUGGUCGAUCGAAAACACAAAAACAAUACAAAGCACCCAGAUCUCGAUCAACGCCUGUCAGAAGACCAAACUAUGAACAUACAAGUUCCGAUUAUUCUCGGGAUGGAAGAUUCAGAAGUGAGAGAGUUAGACGACUUGAUCCUUCUCCUGUUGUUAUUCCCGCAGAGGUUUUAUUAGCUGACCUGAAAGAAACCCAAAAUCCAGAGACUCGAAGUAGUGACGGAUACUAUAGUUCACUAAGUGAUUUUCCAAUGGAACUUGACUUUGAGGCGCCAAAACCAAGAACGCUCGCAUUUCACACGAAUAACAGAAAGAUAGACUUCUACACUAAAAAGUUAGCUACUCGUGCGAUGGAAGCAGGGCCGACUGACAGACGAACACGGAGUAUGCAUGCCUUGAAUACAAAUUAUCAAACUAGAGAAAGACGUGCGUAUAGAGACCAAAGCACGUCGCCCAGGCGCGGCCGACAUACUUCUAUCGCGAGACGGAUGACAAACCAAGAAAACGUUGAACCCAUGAGAGCAAGAGGAGAAAAAAGAGGAUAUUCCGAACGAGCAUACAGUGAAUCCAGGGCUACACACAAACAACACACUGACCAGAGUUUGACCGGGGGCGCCAAAAAGACGCCGGAGGUCGUCAGAAGAAUGCAACAGCCGUCAGCAAAAAGACGGUCAACAACAAGGCCUCGAGCUCAUUCUGAAGAAAAAACAAAAAUGAUACCUCCAAUCACUCCAAGAAAGCGAUUAUCAUAUGAAGGACAGUCAAAAAGACGACCCGAUGAGAAAAGCGAAACGAUCCCCAAGAUUCCUGUUUUUGUCCGCACUGUGCCGUAAGGUUCUUGUAACACAGGCGUCAAUUUGAAUCCAAUCCGCCAGCCAAGUCUUUUGUACAUGAAUCCACUGAUACACAAUUUUUUCGCUUAUUCAUACAGAGGAAAUAGAGAAGGCUAAAUGAAUAUGUGGAACCAUAGCCUGCUUCUGUCACUGGAACUAGUCAUGGGAAUUCUAGCCUGAUGCAUAGACUCCCAUGGUAAAAGAAACCGCAACAGACCCGCGGUAAAAAUGAAUCCUUUGAACAUAAUACACCACAAGGGUAUCAGAACACAGAGCUUAUUGCGAACGUGCAUACAGCAGUACCGGUACGACUUGGAUUUGGAUCAAUUCGAAUCGUACCUGUUUCUCACUUUCCACUCCAUAAAUUCCAUUGCACUUCUGACAAGAAUUUCAAUAAAAAAUUUUUGAUUUUGUAAAUAAAAUGAACAGAUGUUGUGUCGCCACAAAAAUUAUAAUGCAGAAUUAAAAAGGGCUUUAAAUUACAAGUUACAGUGUAUAUCACAAGUGGUCUCUCUAUACAAUUAAUCCAACAUGGCCAGAAAUCAAAUGAGCAUCUCAGCAGUUAUUGCAACAGGUAUAGCCAUCAUCUGAAUAAGAAUAUCUCCAGUACGAUCAUAUUUAAAAAGGCUAUGCAAGGCAAUAGAAAAUCAGAACUAGAUUCCGAGUUUCAGUUGUUGUUCAGAACAACUAGCCCUGAACAAAACACAAUACUUGGCAUGUUCAAAAUUUGCAUGCUUAUUCAUAUUGAAAAAUUCAUUAGAACAAGAUUAGUACAGCUUAACAAAUGGAAACAUGGAUCAAUGGCUUAUUGGAACUGACCCAAGGUGUUGCAUUAUGCACAUUAAUCUUUGCAUUUUACAUUCACUCAACACUAAAUUUGGAAUAUAUCUAAUUUUUGAGUGUCUACAAUAGUUACCAAGUCCACUAAAUAUGUUUCAAGCAUUGUAACAUUACUAGUUUUAGCUUAUAAUACAGAUAAUAGAACAACUCGACUUUUUGAAUAUUUGGUGUUUAUAUUAAAUUUAAAAAACGACAUUUUGA